AGCUCAAGCUUUCUUCAUCCCAUGGCAACUAUCUCUCAAGUCAUUAUCUAACUUUUUCUCUCUUCUUUUUUUUUAUGGAUAUUGGUGUUCAUGUUCUUGGGUCGGUUACUAGUCAUGAAAAUGAGUCACUUGGUCUAAAAGAGCUUAGAGGAACUAAACAAGAUAGAUCCGGAUUCAACGGUGAGGAUUGCUUGCAACGAAGCUUGAAGCUAGCAAGAACAACAACAAGUAGAGAGGAAGAAGAAAACUUGUCUUCUUACUGCAAAACGAUGUCGUUUCAGCAAGGCAUUCCUCUUAUGAGAUCUGCUUCUCCUCUUUCCUCUGAUUCUCGCCGGCAAGAACAAAUGCUUAGUUUCUCAGAUAAACCAGAAGCUCCUGAUUUUAGUAAAUAUGUCGGUUUGGAUAAUAGCAGUAAUAACAAGAGCUCUCCCUCGCCGUUUCUUCACCAGAUUCCUUCACCUUCUUACUUUAGAAGCUCAGGAGGAUAUGGUUCUGGUGGAAUGAUGAUGAACAUGAGCAUGCAAGGGAACUUCACUGGUGUUAAAGGACCUUUUACAUUGACUCAAUGGGCUGAGCUAGAGCAACAGGCGUUGAUCUAUAAGUAUAUCACAGCCAAUGUCCCUGUUCCUUCAAGUUUGCUCAUCUCUAUCAAGAAGUCUUUUUAUCCUUAUGGAUCUUUGCCUCCUAGUUCUUUCGGAUGGGGAACUUUCCAUCUCGGUUUCGCAGGCGGUAACAUGGAUCCUGAGCCAGGGAGAUGCCGUAGAACAGAUGGGAAGAAAUGGCGGUGCUCAAGAGACGCUGUUCCUGAUCAGAAAUAUUGUGAAAGACACAUCAACAGAGGCCGUCAUCGUUCAAGAAAGCCUGUGGAAGUCCAAUCUGGCCAAAACCAAACCGCCGCUGCUGCAUCCAAAGCGGUUGCAACACCGCAACAGACUGUGGUCACUGGUAAUACUAACAGGAGCAAUGCGCGUGCAUCAAGUAACCGCAGCCUUGCCAUUGGAGGUCAAUGUUUUAAUCCUUCUACAGAUUCUCUACCUAACAACAGAGUUCGAAAUCCGCAAGGAGUUUCGAUAUAUCCUUCCACCGUCAGUUUACAACCCAAGGAAUCUCCGAUUAUUCAGCAGAAACACAGAAACAACAACAACAACAACAACAACCCUUUUGAGUUUGGACACAUAUCCUCUGAUUCGUUACUCAACCCGAAUUCGGCAAAGACCUAUGGAUCAUCGUACUUGGAUUUCAGCAGCAACCAAGACAAACAUUCAGUGAAUCACAAUCACAAUUCUUGGCCUGAAGAGCUGAAAUCAGAUUGGACACAGCUUUCAAUGUCAAUACCAAUAGCAUCAUCAUCUCCGUCCUCCACACACAACAACAACAACAAUGCUCAAGACAAAACCACACUCUCACCUCUCAGGCUAUCCCGCGAGCUCGACCUUUCGAUCCAAACGGAGGAAACAGCACUUGAACCUGCUGUCAAAAAGGUGAAUACCUGGAUACCAAUCUCAUGGGGAAACUCCUUAGGAGGUCCUCUAGGUGAAGUACUAAACAGUACAACGAAUAGUCCAACAUUGGGAUCUUCUCCUACAGGGGUUUUGCAAAAGUCCACCUUUUGUUCACUCUCUAACAACAGUUCCGUGAGCAGCCCCAUUGCAGAGAACAACAACAGAAACAAUGGCGAUUACUUUCAUUACACAACCUGAAAACUGAAACUAAGUCCUGCGGCAGGAAAAAAAAAGCUCUGUUUUUUU